AUGGUUAGUGACUUAAUCAUAGCCAUACUGACGGCGGUCGCAUUGGUGACAAUUUUCUUUCUCGUAUCAAGAGCAGCCAAGAGUGAUGAGUCGACUCCAAAGGCCCUCAAGCUCCCUAUCAUUGGCGACCUUCAUCACUCACCUUUGGAAAGGCCGCUUCUGAACUGGGAUGAAUGGGUCAGCGCAAAUGGCCCAGUCACAACGACGAAACUCUUUGGAAUCGUUCCCAUGGUGGUGCUCAAUACCGCCGAAGCAGCAACGGAGCUCUUUGGGAAACGCAGCGCGUACUACAGUCACAGACCGAGCUCUGUGAGCAUGGAGAUGAUCACCGGAGCGGGGCCGGGCAAGUCGAGGUUCACUCUCAUGCACGACUAUGAUGCCCACCUAAGGCUACAUCACCGAAUGCUAAGUCCGAGUCUUGGAUCCAUUGCCGCGCCGAAGUUCCAGCCGUUGAUGGAGCUGGAGUCGAAGCAGCUUCUGCUGGACCUACUGAAUGCCACCGAAGGAGGAGGCAAAGAUGGGAUAGCCAUGAGAAGUACAGACAUUCACCACCACUUCGAACGCACACAAGCCAGCGUCAUUUUAGGCUUGCACUACGGUAUCCGAGUUCCGUCCUACAGUGACGCUCUCCUCGACGAAGUCGCAGGCGUGCAUGAGAAGGUCACCUACGUCGCUGCCAACCCCAACCUAGUCGACUUCAUCCCGCCCCUCCGACAUCUCCCGGCCAUCAUUUCACCCUGGCGACGUGCCGCGGACAGCCUGUUCAAAGAACAGAGCGAACUAAACCUCCGCCUUCUAGAAUUGGGUACGGGUUCACCGGGCUGGAACGCGACGAAGCAGGCGCGAGCUGUGGCCGCCAAGUACGCCGAGGCCGGCCCCGUGCCGGAAAUAGAUCUGGCCUUCACCAUCGCAACGAGCGUCCAGGGCGGUAUGGAGACUGGCCCGCGGCAGAUGCUCUGGCUUUUGGUCGCUGCGCACGCGAACCCUGAUUUUGUGGCGCGAUCGCAGGCCAUCCUGGAUAAACUCGUUGGAAGGAAGCGAUUACCACGUUUUGCGGACCGGACGAAGUUGGCUUACAUCGAUGCUGUGAUGUCGGAAGUCAUGCGCUGGCGACCGGUUUCACCGGGAAGUAUCCCGCGCAGAGCCGAAAAAGAGGAUGAGAUCUACGGUCAGCGCAUCGUCAAGAGGGCGACACUGUUUGCGAAUUCUUGGGCCAUUGGGCGAGAUAAAGAGGUGUUUGGUGAAGAAGUUGGAGACCUGGGAGCUUUUAUCCCAGAGAGAUGGUUGGACUUGGAUGGUAACCUGCGUACUGACUUGCCCCUGCCCGUGUUCGGCCAAGGCAGACGGAGCUGUUUGGGCAAGCGGGUGGCUCUCGACAACGCCUUCAUGGUAUUCGCCAGUCUGUUGUGGGCCUUUGAGAUAGUACCAUUGGAGGAAGUCGACAGCAUGGCUAUGAGCGUAACCGGCUUCAUGACGGCGCCCUCUGAGUUCAAGUUCGGCCUUAAGCCUCGGGGAUCGUGGGUGAAGGAUGUCAUCCGGAGAGAGUGGGAUACCGCUGAGACAGACUUGAGCAAGGUCAUGGGAUUUUGGUUAGACGUCGAGACUUGA